GUUAAAUUUGAUUUACUUAUUGAAGAAUACGCCUGCUUUCAAUAUUCAACAAUCGAUGAUGUCCCAAACAUCAGUUGGAGCUUCAGGUCACAUGUCCCAUCCUUUUAGCCCAAUGUCCCACCCAUGGGGACUUAACAGUCCUCAAACCCAUCUUUUACAACGGAAUGCCGCGCUACAUAACCAAGGAAUGUCCAAGUCCUUGAGCUGGACAGACGGAGACCCAUCCACCUCUACACCAACUCAUCCUUCUCAUCAGAGACGUAGUUCCCCUUGCCCUAGUCCUAGUUCUCCUUCAUCUCUUGGAGGGAUAAUUUCUCCACCCCCACCCUCACUUAGGAGUUCAGUUUCUAGCUAUAGUUUAGGAUCUGGUAAAGGAAGAAAAGUAAUGCCUAAAGUUGACAACGAAAGUCUGAUUGAUUUAGAUAUUGACGAGAAAGAUAAAACUACCGUGUCAGUUCUAGAGGAAUUUGAUCCAUUAAUAGAACACAAGGAGGAUGAGGAUGAACUGUACUGGACCAGCAGGGAGAGUACAAACAGUACAAGCUUCUACGAUUCAUAUGAUCCUUUCUCAUACAUGGCGGACAGGGCUGCAGAGGAGAUAUCUUCGCCAACAACGGCGGAGGCAGCUGAUGAGGCGGAUACUGAUUUACCUGCCCUACCUCCCAAACAUAAAAAAAUUGGAAUUGUGCGUCCCCUACCAGAGGUUUCGGCGGCGGAGCUGAGUCGUAGGAAAACUGUUGCACGAAACUACGAAAAUAUUGUCAAAGAAGAUGCUACAUUUUUUAAAGGAAUAGGAGUGGCCAAGACGCGGUCCGUGGCUCGGGAUGCCGAAGUUUUAGCUUUUACUGAUAUGGUCCGACAAAUUCGAUCUAAAUAUGAAUAUUCAAAUCUACUCACUAAUCCAGGUCUUGUUCUCGCCGCUAGGCUAGAGGCAAAAUAUCCUGAAUCAACUGAACUUAAACUAGUCGUCUUCCCUAAACUGGUUAACAAUCUGUUAGAACCCAGUACACCUGUACUCUUUACUGCAAAUGUUCUCACUGAACUCGAUCAAAUCAUCGCAAAAGUCGCAAUAGAACUGGAUUUGAAUAUGGACAAUUGCAGCGAUUUUGUUCUUCAGGUGCAGGGUAAAGCGGAAUAUUUACAGGGUGGAUCUCUAGACCAAUAUGAAUAUGUUCAUCAUUGCUACAAAUAUGACAGAGACGUGAAGUUGACCCUGGUGCACAAGGAUCUAGUUGACCGGGGGCUGGCAAGGUCAGAAGAAGACGACAUUGAAGAUUCAGAACUUAGUUAUGAUCAGAUUAGUCCUCUGGAUAAGGCGAAGACAUUAAGCCACGAAGACCUGAAGACCUUACUGGAGUUCCUCCAGAAGGAAGCGGAGAGGAUCACCAACACGGCUAGAACUCUGGUUAACUGUACUGAAAAGAAUGUUAUACAAUCCCUGAAUCCCAGGGGUAUGCUGCAAGCUGUGAAGGCGGUUUGUGCCAAGCUGGGUUCUGUGGAAACUAUAGAUUUAUCUGAAGCACUUGAGAAGUUUAAACAGGCUUGUGUUAAAUAUGACUGUAUGAAGGGAAAUGAAGAUCCUGCAGGCAAGCUGAGACCAGAAAUAGUGGAGGUUGUCGGUGAAAGGUACGCCAUGGUGACCUUCAAGAAGGUUGCCUCGGAAGGGUUUAUGCAGAACGCAGAGGACAUCAAGCACUGUCUCAAGGCAAUCACGGAGAAGGUUUACAGUCUUAUCAGAACAUACUCAAGAACAUUCAGGGUUGACUUCAGUCUAGAGGAGAUUGACACCUUGUUUCCAGGAGAACUCAAGGACAGCUCAAGUGUUAAAGAAACCCUUCUAGCUCGGAUUGGAUGCGUUCAUCGUCUUAAUCCAAGUUGGGAGUUUCUAGACUAUCGACUUGAUCUCAGAGUUUACCAUGGAACCAUGCUUAUCAGAGAAGCACAUUCUUCAACAUUUCAGAAACCGGAGCAUAGUCACCAACAGUUGCACAGCACGGUAACCUUCAAUACUUGGAUAGAUGUCAAAUCCUUACCAGUCUCUAUCAUACCAUUAGAGGCAAGGUUGGUAAUGAACUUAGUAGGGAGAAGAAAGGAUCCUGAGAACAAGGAAGCUGAUAUAGAAAUGGAGAUUGGAUGGACUGCUAUACAGAUGUAUUCUAUUGAUAAACAUCUAUCCCAGGGUUCCUAUUUAUUGGCUCUUUGGCCAAUGGAGGUUACCCAGCAGAUAGGACCCGCUCCUGAUUCAUCUAGUCAUCCACAGGCUGAUAGUUGUCCUCUCCUGAGCUUAGAACUACUAGAUCUCGGAGGCCCGGUUGUAUAUCCUGACCUAGAUCCUAGACUUCCACAGUCACAGGAUACUACACUAGACUGCCUAGACUUCAAUACCAGAGAACAGCUAGUGAGUUUAUGUGAACAAGAUAUUCUAACAUUUUACAAGCGGUCAACCCUGGAGAGAGAAAUCCUUUGGGAGAAGAGAUUCUAUCUCAGGAAUACCCCAGGGGCUCUUCCUAAAGUUCUUCUCUCAGUCCAGAGCUGGGAUCCGGAUACGUUGAAGGAUCUUUAUGGAUUAUUGAAUACUUGGCCGAAACCAGAUAUUGCAGACACCUUACAGCUGUUCUUACCAAUAUUCCCUGACUCUGAAGUACGAAGACGAGCUGUAGAAUGGUUGGAGGAGGAGACCACAGACAGGAAACAGAAUCAAACCAAUCAAUCAGUUUAAAAAGUGGCGGUGAAA